AUGGCGGUGGUGGUGGCGGCGGCGCGCGGGGCAGUGGCGGGGUGUGUGUUCUCCGCAGGGAUCCUGGGGCGCUGGGCACCCCUGGCCGCCCGUAGCACCGGCCUCGUCGCUCGCUGCUGCGUCAGGCAGCUGCGGGCACCGGCGGCGGCCCCGCUGUGGAGACCACAGCCGCUGCUGUGGGGAAGCGUGCCUGGGGGAGGCACCGCAUCGGUGCUCAGCAGCGUCACAUCUCUCCUUCCAAAUAUCCUGCAUCAGCCAGCGAGGACUGUCACCUAUGUCAGCAGAAAGCGUGGGAAGAGGAAGACGGUGAAAGCUGUCGUUGCUCGGUUCCUCCGGCUGCACAAUGGCCUUUGGGUUAGGAGACAGGCUGGUUAUAAGAAGAAACUGUGGAAGAAGUCAGCUUCCCAAAGGAAGCGUUUGAGAGACUUCUUGUUGUGCACUAAAACACAGUGUAAACUCCUCGAUAAAAUGACCACUUCCUUCUGGAAAAGAAGGAAUUGGUAUGUGGAUGAUCCCUACCAGAAGUAUCAUGACCGCACGAAUCUUCGUUCAUAGGAAUCUUGGAUUCACUUUGGUGUCUGUCUAGGAAAGGAAGUGAUGCUUGUGGUAUGGUCUUAAUUUUUGACAUAUGCAUGUCACAUCAUCAGACCUGUGGGUAUGAACACCCCGAAUAAAGGAAUAUUCAGGAUUUAUCUUCCAAUGCACUUUGUGUUUUACUUAGUAGAGGUCAAGCUGGCCGCCUGCAUGUUAUGAUGGCUGCUGUUCUCCUGUGGUUGUGUGUAACAUGGAUGAAUACAGUCUAAAACAGCACUAAAAGUGAAUAAACCAACAUAUUUAAUCUCAAA